AUGUCUCUCCUAAUGCAUUUCAAACUCAACACCGGGAACUCUAUCCCCGCCAUUGGGCUUGGAACCUGGCGUGCUGAAUCAGGUCAAGUCGGCGAGGCAGUAAAGCAUGCAUUGAAAAGCGGGUAUCGUCAUAUCGACUGUGCGUUGAUUUAUCAGAAUGAAAAAGAGGUUGGAGAAGCGGUUAAGGCUUCAGGGGUACCCCGAGAAGAUAUUUUCAUUACCAGCAAAGUCUGGAAUACGUAUCAAACCGACGUGGCUACUGGACUGGCGCAGACACUGAAGGAUCUACAAACUGACUACGUAGAUCUAUAUUUGAUCCACUGGCCAGUCCGCCUCGUCCCGAACGAAACAUCCGCGCUCUUCCCCCUGAACCCCGAUGGAACGCGUGCCGUCGACCGCUCGUGGAACCAACAAGAGACAUGGCGGCAGAUGGAGGCUGUGUACGGAUCUGGAAAAGCCAAGGCCAUUGGCGUAUCCAACUGGAGUGUCCCGUAUCUCCAGCAUCUCGAGAAAACAUGGACGGUUGUCCCGGCCGUGAAUCAGGUUGAGCUGCACCCGUACUGCCCGCAGCACGCAUUGAAGAAAUGGUGCGCGGAUCGUGGGAUACUGCUCGAAGCGUAUUGUCCUUUGGGAUCAAACGACUCCCCACUCCUCCGUGAUGAGGAAGUAAAGGCUAUCGCCGAUAAGCAUAACGUACCUGCCGCCACAGUUCUGAUUUCAUAUCAAGUGAAUCGAGGUUGCAUAGUUCUCCCGAAAUCCGUCACGCCAGCACGCAUUGAGCAGAAUCUCAAGGUGAUCACGUUGCCGCAAGAGGAUAUGGAGGUCCUGGAUGGUAUGGCUGCGAAGGGGAAGCAGCAACGUGUUAACACACCUUUGUUUGGACAUGACUUGGUUAGUAUUUUCUAUCUUUGGGGUUCUCGA